AUGGACAAGUGUCGGAAAGCUUUAAACAAGAUCGUAGAGCUUUCCAACCUGUCGGAUCACAAAGCUGGCAUCCUCCGGACUACUUACGUAAGUAACAAGAUGUAACUGAGUUGGUUCGGUGAAUAUCUUUGCCUGAAACUUGACCUGAUGCCUGGCCUUUAGCUCAGUGGGCUAACACAAUCUUGAGGACCACAGGGGAUCAGGGUUUAAACACCGGUUGGUCACAGUGACAAACGCAAACUCCCCACUAAAUAACUAAAGGUUGCGUAGUGUUUUCUCAGAACAGUAUUUCGAACACUGCUGAGUAUCAUUCAUGGGAAAGCUACAACUGUAACUAACGGCAUUUUAUCUACCAAAACAAGUACUGCUCACUUGCAAGAGCAUUGAGGGACAGCAUGCUCUUAACUCGCCUGUGUAACUACUGUGUAUUAUUAUUGUCUACCAGCCAUCGCUCUGUUAUAUUCAGUAGCAAUUAGCCUGGGGAUGAGGCUAACUGUGUAAUAACCACUGAUUCAGAUGAUAAACUUUAGCAGUAUAUUUUAUGCUGCUGUGUUUACUGCCAAGCUGCAAGUAAUGUGCAAUUGAAUUGAAUGUCCACUGUUUUAUGCGCUUCCAGAUCAAAAUAAAUGGCUUCGCAACCGAUCAGCAGGCCCCAGGCAUGGAUGGGAUCCCACCGGCAACCAUCACUGGCUCCACCCCUAAGGUGAAGCUACAGAACAUCCACAACAGAGCCAUGCUUUUCCACUGGCACAUCGACACAGUAACCAAAUACAUGACUGACCUGUUGGAGGUCUCAGACAAUGAGACUCAGAUACUCCUGCGGCUCCUGAAGGAUUCCAUGAACCGUCUCCAGAACCUCUCUGGCUGCAUAGAGAAGCUCUUGCAGAUCCUGGACCCAAAUACCACUACUAUGUCCAUCAAGGUGCCCCAAGACGUGUUCCCGUGAUGAGUAUGAGAAGAAGAUCUAUGGCUGGGCAGUGCUAGACCGGCAUAAGGACUUUCUGGCCAUGGUGUUGGAAGUUGCUGGCUUUAUGGUUAAUACUGUGUGUGAGGGUUAG